AUGUAUCAUUCCAUCUGCCUCGUUUCUCGAGACAGGAGACGCGUAGCUGGUCUGGGAGUGGCACACCGGGAAUUGCCAAAAUCAUGUAGAGAACUCCAGGGCCGAGUCAACGCUAGCAGGGGGCCGUUCCGCUUAGUCACCCAGAUCUCUACCAUCGUCCUAGCCUCAUGUCGCUGGUUGGCUCGAAAGCUUCCUAAUAACGACGUGAAUAGUUCGAGUCGACCUCGCUCUUUUCACUGCAAUAGGAUGGCCGGAUUAAACAGUUGUGGUCGCACUUGCGCCAACGACUCACAGGCGGACAUCACGAAAGCGCGUAUCACGGGAUGGUUAUUGGAGAACACUUUCGUGAAGGUGAUUCCGGAGGCGGCAAUUGUGGAGAUGACUAUGCCGGAGGCGGCGAUUGCGGUGGCGGUGACUGUGGCUGUUGCUAAUAAGAGGCUACGAAGGAGGUUAAAACUUACUGAGAGAAGAUUCCCGAGUCCCUGGCAAUCUACAGUCGUUCACGGCCGGCUUUUCCGUAGAUAA